UAAAUAUCAGUGCGGGCUUUGCGGCGUGCCAAAAGUAUUUAUCUAAUAACAAAUGAUUAAAGUAAAGUUAUAAAGCAAAAAAGGCAAUCCAAUCAAACAUUGUUGGAUCAAAAUUUUCCUUGUAUUUUUCUCAACGCAGCGGCAUAACAUAGGACCAUGUCGAGGCAAAAGCAUUUUUGUUGUGACGACGAAACCGGCGAGAUUAUAACUUACCUCGUUAAUGACGAGACUGGCGAGCCGACGCCAUCUUCGUCUUCCGUCGUGCUCGGGCCGCGCGCGGCCGUACCUCCAACCGAGAUCAUAAAGUUUCCUAAGGGAUACAUGAGUAAGACGAAAAAAUUCCAAGCGUUAAAAGAGAAUAUCAUCAGAGGUUCAAACGUGUUUAGUCCGAGGUUGCUUCUGAUACCGCUGGCGGCAGUUUUUCCAGCAGUUCUGAUCAUGUUACUGAUGAUGGCCGAAGUUUUUAUACACGUCUGCUGCCACAAACAGAACAAGUCACUGAAGGACACAAGCCUGUACUACCGCAGUCCACUCCACAUGGUUACGAGCAUCUUCUGUGGCAUGUGCCGGGAGGACGAGAUGUCUUCCAAGAUUGGGCAGCUGCAGGACCAAAGGAGGUGCCGCUAUGGUUACUUUCAGGGAAUAACUAUUUAAUAAUUUUAGAUAUUUACAAUCAUCAUUGCUCUCAAUUGGGUUAUGCCAGAAAAACUAAGCCCCAGUUUAUAUGUUUUCAUAUUGGAUAUGCGUAGGAAGCUUAUAUAACUCUUACUCAAACCAGGUGGUAACACAAUAGGGCAUAAAUCAACAUGGUGGUUAGAAUCUACAAAAAAUAUUGUUUGUAGUACUAUGUCUACGUUUAGCUAUUUAGGAUAUGGAUAUAAAGGGGGAGGAGUAAGGUCUGUCACAAAGGAUAAUAUAUAUUACUAGCCAUAAUGAUGCUGACAGAUAUCUUAUAGUAUAACUCUCACCACACACAUCAAUAAUUAUUAUUAUAGCUUAUUUAUGUAAUUUUACAUUUCAAAUGUGUUGUUAGUGAUUUAAGAAACAAAAUCUUAAUAUAUAUGUAUGUAUAUAUUAGUUAGUUUACUAGUUUUUUUAUUUUUUUUAUUACACUGAUCCUGUUAGGGUAAAAGCCUCCUCGAUUCCCUUCCACUUCUCUCUAUCUUUAGCUUUCUCCAUCCAAUCCUUACCAGCUAUUUUGGUGACAUCAUCAGCCCACCUUUUAUAAGGUCUUUUUUUAAUCAAUUUUUAAGGAAUGGGGUUUCGCCACGCACGUGACGAUGUCACCCCUGUAUUGAAAUCUACAAAAUCACCUCUACUACUACAUUAUUUUUAAAUAUAAAUUGCACAUCAUCUGAUAAAGGCGAUGCCAGGAAGAUGUUGCAACUACCCAUGUUAUUAGAAUUGUGCCAUGCCAUAUCACUCCUCAGCGCUUCGUUGCGGACACACUCCAUCAAAACAUGGUGGACAUCUUCUACUUUGUUACACUCUCAGCAGUUUGGUGACACAGCUAAUUUCAUAAGGUGCUUGAAUUUGUUCGAUGGAAUAUGUCCGGAACGAAGCCUGAGGAGUGCUACUACCCGUUUCCUGCUUAGCCUUUUGUCAAACCAUGGGACAUGAGGAGGCUGACAUUGAACUGUUCUGUACCAGAUUCCUUUAGUAAGUGAUCGCUCAUCAAAAUACUCCUUCCAAACCUGCCUGCACCUCCUGACUUUACCCAGUACUUCGCUGUGUACUGGUAAACAACGGUAUGGAAUACCGUCCGAUAUUGCAAGUUUUGCUGCUCGGUCGGUCUUCUCCCUUCUGGUCCCUUCCAUUUCGUUGUUUGUAUCGUCCAUCUUUUGUCAUUAUAUCUAGAUAUGUGGCCAGACCGUUGCCAUUUUAGGUGCAUGGCAUGUUGCAGGGCGUAAACAAUCAUGGUUUUCUUCCUAAUUUCCUCAGUCACAUCAACAAUACCAAAAUAUAUAUCGCUGUCUGUCUAGCUCCUACAUUGUGAGAGAGACAAAAUAUAUCGUAAUAUAUCAAGCUAUAUAUCGCAGGGUAUCUUAAGAUACUUUGCUAUAAGAUAUCUGUGACGGGCUUAAGAUUAUAAAAGAUGCUCUCCUUUUGAAUACCAGAACUGGCCAAUAUGCUGAAGAAACUCAUAUAUUAUAUUCAUAAUUUGUAUUGAUCAUACAUUGCACAUACAUUAUUUUACAUGAGUUGAGUAUGUUUAUUUUGUCAUAUACAUUGUUUUAUAUGAGUUUCUUUUCUUGAGCUUAAUUUGAAUCUCAUGAAAUGUUGAUAGAUACUCCUUACUUUUUUAUAUUUUGGCUAUAGCUUGGUAACUCGUGGUGCUGUAUCUAUUUAUACAUAAAUUAUUUUAUAUGUUCUCAGUGGAUCCUACCAUUGCCGCAUCGUCAUGAUGCCGGCUGUCUAUUGCAAUACACCAUGCGAGCGCGAAUAGCCGGGUCCACACUGAGCUGACUGACGAGCGUCUACACUGGCCGUUUUGUGCGUGAGGAAAUUGCCUCUUGAGUAUGCUUGCUCAGUGUGGACCCGGGUAAUGUCAUCAAACUGUUUUCUAAUACCAUAAAUAAGGUUCAUGAGUUAAAUAUGUAAGCGCAGCCUCGUAAAAACGAAUCGAGUUUACACUCAAAAGACUAGUUCCUACAAAUACUAGUGGUAAGCAGUCGCCGUAGCCUUCAAACUGUAGAGCCGCUGAAGCUUGUUAUCAACUUUAAAAAAAUUAACCCUUUGACCGCAGACAUUCUCAGACGCGCACGGUUUCUUUAAUACAUUUUACGUAAUAUACGAUGGCGCGUUAUGAAUAGGCUUGUCGUUCAAAGGGUUAAAAUCUUUUAAUAAUUCUCCUUAAUAUGUCUAGAAUUUCUCAAGUAGGUUAAGAUAGAUUGUAAUAUGGUGAUGGGAACAAUUCGAAUACCUAAUAUAAGUAAACAAUUGUAUUGGCAGCCAUACA